AUGGGAUACACUGACACCUUUCGAAACACUUUUGCGCUUGACAUCUUGGAAAAGAUAGGAGUGGUGAAGUUGUCCCCAGAGAUAAGAGCUGCAGAGCCUGACAACGGAAGUGGACAAAAAAGUGUGUCCGAAUCAAAAAGAGAGUCACCGCCUAACACAAGUGAAAGCUCAGAUCUGGAACUAGGAACUAAUGAAGAACCAAAAGAAGCAGAACAAGAUAGGGAGGCACCGCCCGAUCCCUUUCUAAUUUCUUGGAAUGGUCCCAAAGAUCCCGAAAACCCACAUAACUGGUCUAACCCAAAAAAGGGUCUGGUGGUAUUCCAAGUCAUGCUGUUGACUUGCGUGACUUAUAUGGGCUCCUCAAUUUAUACGCCGGGUCAGGAAUUGAUACAGAAGGAUUUCCACGUGGGUCAUGUUGUCGGGACUCUCAAUCUAUCAAUGUACGUCUUGGGUUAUGGUUUAGGACCUAUGAUCUUCUCCCCGCUGUCAGAGGUUGCUAAAGUUGGCCGGCAACAAAUUUAUAUGAUCACCUUGUUGAUGUUUAUGCUCUUUCAAGUCGGUGCAGCAACGGUUAAAAAUAUAGGUGGCCUCAUAGUUAUUCGUUUUAUCAGUGGAGUUUUAUGCUCACCUUCGUUGGCUACAGGUGGGGCAACCAUGGGUGACAUGAUGCCACCAGAGAUAGUGCCUGCGUUUGUCGGGCUGUGGGCAAUAGGUGCCGUAGCUGCUCCGGUCUUGGCACCGCUACUUGGGGCAUCCAUGGUUGUUGCAAAGGGCUGGAGAUACAUUUUCUGGUUUUUGAUGUGGCUCUGCGCUUUAACUGCUAUUAUUCUUGGCUUUUUCUUCCCCGAGACUCAGUCCGAAAACAUACUCUCGCGCCGCGCUGCGAGAAUGAGAAAGUCUACUGGAGACUCUCGCUAUUACACUAACCAAGAGAGAAUCGACAGUCAAAUUAAGGCUAGCGAUUUCUUGUUGGAUACGCUUUAUCGACCAUUCAAAAUAAUAGCGCUAGAACCUGCUGUCAUGGCUUUUGACAUUUACAUUGCGCUGUGUUAUGGUGCGUUUUAUCUGUUUUUUGAGGCUUUUCCCAUUGUCUUCAUUGGAAUAUACCACUUCACUCUAGUUGAAAUGGGUUUGGCAUAUUUGGGCUUUUGUGUGGGCUGUAUCAUUGCCUAUGCUGGUUUCAUGGUGUUCCUUGUCAAGGUGAUCGCACCAAAAUUUGAAAAUAAUACUUUUACUCCAGAAACAUUCCUUCUCCUUUCUAUGUAUGUUUGCUGGUGCCUCCCCUUAUCCUUGUUUCUCUUUGGUUGGGCGGCAGGUGUGCAUUGGAUAUUACCCAUUAUUGCUGAAGCGUUUUUUGUUAUAAACGUUUUCAACUUAUUCCAGUCGGCCUUCGCGUACCUCGCAAUCAGUUUCCCACGGUAUUUAGCUUCGGUUUUUGCGGGGAAUGGAUUCUGCCGUGCCGUUUUUGCCUGCGCUUUCCCACUGUUUGGCCAGGCAAUGUAUAAUAACCUUGGCAGCGAGAAGUAUCCUGUUGGAUGGGGUUCAUCACUCGUUGGCUUUUUUUGUGUGGUAUUAGCUGCUAUUCCUUUUGUGCUAUACAGAAUUGGACCAAAACUUAGAGGAAGAUCUCAAUUUGCUAAUUAA